AUGCUGCCUCCACCCAACCCUUCCCGGCGUAAUGCCCCCGCGGCUGCCAUAUCGAUCGGAUCGAUGGGCUUGGCCAGUCCAGCCCCUCGAACCUCCCCCCGCGAAUUUGGAGACCCCGUCUUUGUGGAACGGGGUAUGUUCGCUGGCAGGUGGAUGAGAUUCAGCCUUCACGUCGCCCAGCAACCUAUUCUAGGUCGUCGUAAGACCGAAAAGGACCGUCGUCCUCUAGCACAUUCCCCUAUAGUGCGACUUCGAGUACGAGAAUGUCAUCGUCUACCUUCGACCUUAGACGACAGAGAGCGGGAUCAAUGGGAAGAGGAAGAAGUUGAUGUGUCUUCUCUCGAAUCUUCGUAUCUGAUUUGCUCUGCCGAGCUCCGAUCACCGGGCGACGCCCCUUUCGACCCUUCUGGAAGUGCUAUGUCGACUCCAAUGUCGAGACCCAUGUGGGUGGUAGAACAUGAUGAUGGUAGACCGGGUAGUGAGAGUACGAGUUCUGGAUCACAUGGUAUAGGAGGUAUAAAUACUUCUUAUUCUCCCUCUCCUCAAGAUCCUUCCAGGACUAGAAGGAGGAGUGAUCGUAGUGAUGAGUUGUCUGAAUCUAGUGAAGAAGAUGUCGGAAGGACACAUGAAGCCAAGAGAUCUAGGUCGGAACCAGGAGGAAGAAACCUUUUUGGUAAUUUGCAUGUGGCGGGUGUACGUGUGGCAGCUCCAGAAGGAGGUAUGGGACUUUGGUUUUUGUUUACUGACCUUUGCGUGCGUUACGAAGGAUCCUAUCACCUACGUUUCAGAUGUUACGACCUCACAGCCAUCGGGUCAGAGGAUGAUCCGAGACCGGAAUUGGUAGCUUGUGAGAGUCAAGCAUUUACAGUUUACUCUCCACGCAAUUUUCCUGGUUUACCUAAACCUACUGAUUUAUCUGAACAUUUCGCUAGACAAGGGUUCAAACUUAAUACUCGGAAAACCGAACGUACCAUUUCAAACCUCCCUUCACCACCCACCGCCAGACCUGACUUACCUACUCUUCCACCUUAUCCCGCUCCAUCAACUUCAUCAUCUACCACCCUCGUUCUUUCCCCAGGACCAUCAGGAACCUCCGGGGCGUCAGCAACAUCAGGAGCUUCAACAUCUUCCACAGAAGCAAGUAACGAAAGUUGGACUAUUCAAGGUUCAGGUGGUAUGUUACCUCCUCGAGGACAUGGUUUUGAAGGUUUUUGGGCUAGAAAAGGUCAAUGA